AAUUUAAGGACAGGCACAUUUACUGCAGUUUCCAAGAAGCAAAGAAGUCAAAACAAGAUAAAACCAAAGCAAAGCUGGGACUGUGAGUGGGGAAUGUGUGUAGUAGCUAAAUUUCACGGCACUGGCUGCUCUUCUCUCACUCCACACCAAAUCCCUUCCUCAACCAAAACUUUGCUUCCCAAAAAUGACCACAAAGCCCCGGGCUGUCCUCAACAGAGCUCGGAAAAUGCGGGUACCCUACGAGCUCAAGCAGGGGCAGACCCGUAUUUUUCAUCAGCUCCCUUCUGGUCUGAACAUGGAGGUCAUUGUGCAGAGGAGUGUUGUAGACAAGGACCCAGAUGAGAGAAUAGAGAGAAACAGUGAAAACCCACCUUUGGUAUUUGUCCAUGGAAGCUACCAUGCUGCUUGGUGUUGGGCUGAACACUGGCUUCCCUUCUUUUCAGGUUGUGGGUUUGAUUGCUAUGCUAUAAGCUUGCUGGCUCAGGGUGAAAGUGAUGCACCUGCUGGUUCUGUUGCUGGCACUCUGCAGACACAUGCAGGUGAUGUUGCUGAAUUCAUCAGGAAUGAAGUAUUGUCACCACCAUUGUUGGUUGGACAUUCAUUUGGAGGGCUUAUUCUUCAGUAUUACAUUGCAAAUAUGAAGAAUAACCAGGCUUCAGGAAUGGAAACUUUUUACCCCGAGCUUACAGGAGCUGCUCUUAUCUGCUCUGUACCUCCUUCGGGUAAUAGUGGGUUAGUGUGGCGGUAUCUCUUUUCCAAGCCUAUUGCUGCUUUUAAGGUAACACGCAGCUUAGCUGCAAAAGCUUUCCAAACUUCUCUUCCUCUUUGUAAGGAGACUUUUUUCUCUGCAACAAUGGAGGAUCAUUUGGUUCUACGUUACCAGGAGCUAAUGAGAGAAAGUUCAAGGAUGCCAUUGUUUGAUCUGAGGAAGCUGAAUGCAUCACUUCCAGUUCCUUCGGUGCCAAAAGGUUCUAUUGAGGUUCUUGUGUUGGGUGCAAGUGAUGACUUCAUUGUGGAUGCUGAAGGUCUCAAUGAAACAGGCCGGUUUUAUGGUGUGUCACCAGUCAGUGUUGAAGGGGUUGCUCAUGACAUGAUGUUGGAUUGUUCAUGGGAGAAAGGUGCAAAAGUUAUCCUAUCAUGGUUAACUGCUUUAAAAAAAUAGGACCUUAAAUUUUCUAAGAAAAAGGCACACAUUUUGCCCAAAAUAUGAUAUCUGGCUUGCUUCCCUAAGUAGCUCAUGUCAAGAGCCGCGCUAGUGCAGGAUUAAACUGUGUUAUAUCUUUCAAGUAUUUCAAUCUUUCAGGUAUUUGUCCCUUUUGUUCUAGAAUUCUAUGGCUAGAAUGCCUUCAUUCAUCA